UGUGUCAAAUAUUUAAUUCCUUGCCUUCAAGUAGAAUGGGUGGUCAAUCCAGGCCCAGAGGUUCAGACAGCGACAGUGAUAAAGGCUUAGUAAAGAUGGCUACAUCAAAACAAAUUUUAUGUGGUAUAUGUGAAGCCCAACACAUGACUAAAUGUGCAGAUCAUUGGUGCCCCGAAUGUGACGAAGGACUCUGUAACGAUUGUGAAAAGCAUCAUAGCAUAUCGAAGGCUUCACGGAAACAUGGAAUAAUUCAUAUAGAAGACUACAAAAAAAUAUCACCUGACAUCUUAUUAAUAGGACACCAUUGUCAGGACCAUGAGAAAAAAUUCCAAAAUUAUUGUCCACACCAUGAGAAAUUAUGCUGUCCAAGCUGUAUCUCUACAGAACAUCGAAAUUGUGUAGGUUUGUUAGAUCUUGACGAAAUCGUUAAAACAUCGAAAACUUCUGUGCUGAUUGACAACCUUGAAAAAUCACUAGAAGAAAUAGCAACAAACAUCAAUAAAAUCAUUAUUGAUCGGAAAGGAAAUCUUGAAAAGAUCAAGGAACAACGACAGGGAUUCCAUAACGAAAUCAAACGAGUAAGAGAUAAAAUAAACAUCCAUCUAGACGAGCUUGAACAACAGAUUAUUAGCGACUUGCUUUCCGAGGAGCGAAAAAUCAAAACAGAGAUUGAGACCCUAUUGAAUCAGCUUUCAGAGAAAACAACACUUGUUCUUGAUCUCCAAAACAAUAUAGUUGCCAUGAAAAACCAUGCCUCGGACCUUCAAACAUUUCUAGCGAGUAAAAAGUUAGAAGAACGUGCUAUGUCAGAGGAAAAGUACCUUCAAUCCAUUAUGAAUGACAGUAAUAGUUUGAAUUGUUUGGACUUGAGAUGCAGCAUCAGUGACAAUAUUUUGCACAUUUCGGACAUAAAGUCGUUUGGAUCCAUUUCAAUAGAUGUUAGCGCCUCUUCUGCUGUACUUGGGACAGAAAAAGAUAAACAAGCACAGAUGCUGUUCCAUGCAAGUAUAGCUAAUAAAUCUAUUUGGGACUUACAUGUGACAAAGAUAAGACAAUUUAAAGUUCCUUGUAAAUCAGGUAUCACAGGACACACAUUUUGUCCGAAUGGCGAUGUGGUUUUUGUGGAUUAUGGUCAGGGGAACCGACUGCUGAUAAUGGAUAGUAUGGGUAAUUUAAGACGUGAAAUUUCACUCCCGUCUAUUCAGCCGUAUGGUAUUACGUCUCUGGACGAUAAUACGAUUGCAGUGACUGCAUGGUACAAGAAUGAUAUUCAUGUUGUUGAUAUAAAUUCAGGAACUAUCAAAGCAUAUAUCCGCGGUGACUUUUGUGGAGGGCUAACACGCAGAGGGAAUACAUUGGUAUGUAGUGCUCGUUCAGAUAAAAUAAAGGCAGUAGAUGUGCGUGACAAUUCUGUAUCUACCUUAAUUUCAAAAGUAUAUAUAAAUGAACAGACCUACGUUACAACGUCUUCAAACAAAAUAUUUGUGACGCACUAUAACAACAAUACAGUAACUUGUUACAAAAUGAAUGGAGACAAAGAAUGGCAAUACAUUGACCAAUUGAUGAUCAAAGCACCUCUUGGCGUUACCGUUGAUAAAUACAAUAACGUGUAUGUUUGUUCAUAUGGAAAUAAUUCUGUUGUUUUGAUAACACCAGACGGUAAACAAGCGAGAAAAAUUCUGGAAGCAAAAGAUGGAAUAAAUAGUCCCUAUUGUGCUCAAUUUGAUCAAAACCAAAAUAAUUUACUGGUGACAUUGAUCAAUGGCGAUGCUUUCUUGUACAACAUUUCAUAGACUGUUAACGCGACGUUGGUAAUAUUCAUAGUGUCUGCAUUUUAUAUAUCUUUCAUAAAUAA